AUGGAUAAAGCUAUGAAAGUUGUGGCUUUAGCAUUGGUCUUGAUGGUUGUGAACAAUAUCGGUUUUGGUGAAGCUCAAUCCAUUUGCAACAUGCCAAUUGCGGGUUUGUAUGCAUGUCGACCGUCGGUUACACCUCCGAACCCAACACCGCCGACCACCCAAUGCUGCUCGGCACUUACGCACGCCGACUUGCACUGCUUUUGCGCGUACCGGAACUCGGGAGCUCUUUCUUCUUUUGGCAUUAACCCUGAACUUGCAAUGGAGCUACCUAAGCGUUGCAACAUUUCUAAGUCUCCAAAUUGCUAG